CGGGUGGAGGUGCAGCACAACGGAGCAUGGGGAACGGUUUGUGACGACGACUUCUCGAGCCCAGACGCACAAGUAGUCUGCAGGCAAGUCGGAUGUACGACAACGUACGCGAUGUCGGUUGGCUCCUUCGGGGGAGGGACCGGAACCAUCUGGAUGGAUCAAGUGUCAUGCAGCGGCAGCGAGUCGCAGCUUACGUCAUGCUCCUUUGGAGGGUGGGCUUCCCAUGAUUGCGUACACAGCGAAGACGUGGCUGUCUGCUGU